CAAACGUUUUACUAUAAAAACCGCUUUUGCCUUAAGUGAAAGUCAAGUCUUUUGUACUGUGAGGUUUUCUGUGCAAUCAUUAGCUGUUAAAAACGCUGGCGAAACGAUGAAAUUCUACGGAGUACUCUUGAUUUUUCUCUCGCUUCAAUCAUAUCAGUUUGCUGUUGGCGAAGUGGAAAAUCUACAGCAAAGGAGAAGCUUGCUGGAAAAUCAAGUGCAAACCGUUUCACGAGAGCAACAGCACUUAGCUAAUCAAUUGGCACGAAAUGGUGUUUAUCAAGUGGAAAAUUCGGCGAAACAAUUGCAAAUCGCACAGACCGUACAAACGCUCACUGCAAAUGUAUUGGCAUCAAAAGGACUUAACGAUCUGAACGGUAUCGAACGAAGUUUGAGUUUAUCAUCUGGUAUACGUCAAUGCUACCAACUGAAUAAGUUUUCAUUUAGCGAUGCGAUAGGCACGGCCAAAAAUACCGCCAUCCAAUGCAUCACCGAUAAAUUUAAUGAAGGCAAAACGAUUGUCGAUAAUGCCAUAAAUAAUAUUCGAUCGGCCGUUCAAGAUAUCAACGGUGGUGCACAAUUGAUAGCCGAAUGCAGCCAAUUUACAGUCGGAUUUCCAUCAGUGGCUGGACUUGUUGCCAAAGUCACAUGCUUGACCAAGGCAUUGCUUAAUAUGAAAAGUGGAGCCAUUUUAUUACCGAUCAACCUGAGCCGUCGUGUUGUCGAAGCGAAUGCAGCAAUUAGCACCAUUCAAUCGGAUAUCAUUAAGUGCAAUGUGGACAUCUUAUCAGCUAUCAUAGCACAAUCAACGAAAGCCGGUCAAGCCAUUAUCGAUUGCAUUGGCCAAUCAGCCAGUGUCAAUAUUGUACCCUGAUUUAGUAUUCUUAUUGUUUCUGUUGUUCAAUGAUCAACCAAUUCAUUGUACAUUGUUUGCUUAUUUGCUUUUGUUUUUUUGUCAUUCGAUUGAUCAAUUUAUCAGUUUUUAUCGAUUGUUCAUUUGUUUUUGUUUCGUGUUGAAUAAAAAAGCCCGAUUUCAGUUGAAUUUACAAGUUGCAAA